CUCCCUUCCCCGUCCACGGUCACAGGCAGAGAGGGCAGCCCGGGGAGGCGGGGGUGGUGUUUAAGCGGAGGUCACGCAGAGUGGAGCUAGGGGAAGCGGCAUGGCAGGAGUUUUAAUGCUCAGAGGCUUCGCCAGGCUGUUAUGCAAGCGCAGGAAGGUGCGUGCUGCCAGCGUUGCAAUGGUGUGUUCUAGGGCAAUGGCCUCCAAAACCCCAGUUGGAUUCAUUGGGCUUGGUAACAUGGGAAAUCCAAUGGCAAAAAACCUGGUAAAACACGGAUAUCCUGUUGUUGCAUAUGAUAUAUUCCCAGAAGCUUGCAAAGAAUUUCAAGACUCAGGGGCACAGGUAAUGGAUUCCCCAGCAGAUGUAGCAGAAAGAGCAGACAGGAUUAUUACUAUGCUACCCUCCAGCCCCAAUGCCGUAGAAGUUUACACAGGAGCAAAUGGAAUUCUCAAGAAAGUGAAGAAAGGUUCAUUGUUAAUAGACUCCAGUACUAUUGACCCUGCUGUUUCAAAAGAACUAGCUAAAGCAGUUGAAAAAAUGGGAGCUGUUUUCAUGGAUGCCCCUGUUUCUGGUGGCGUUGGAGCUGCUCGAGCUGGGAACCUUACUUUCAUGGUUGGUGGAGUGGAACAAGAGUUUGAUGCUGCCAAAGAACUGCUGACAUGCAUGGGUUCCAAUGUGAUCUACUGUGGAGAGGUUGGAACUGGACAGGCUGCAAAGAUCUGCAACAACAUGCUCUUAGCUAUCAGUAUGAUUGGAACUGCUGAGGCUAUGAAUCUUGGAAUCAGGUUAGGUCUUGACCCAAAACUGCUGGCUAAAAUCCUAAAUAUGAGUUCAGGCCGUUGUUGGUCAAGCGACACUUACAACCCUGUUCCAGGAGUAAUGGAAGGAGUACCUUCUGCUAAUAAUUACCAAGGUGGCUUUGGAACAACGCUCAUGGCUAAGGAUCUUGGCUUGGCACAGAUUACUGCUAUCAACACUAAAACACCUGUUCCUUUUGGAUCUCUAGCACAUCAGAUCUACAGGAUGAUGUGUGCAAAGGGCUAUGCCUUGAAAGAUUUCUCAGCUGUGUUCCAGUUUUUACGUGAGGAGGAGAACUUGUGAGCUGUUAUUUUGGCAACGGACACUAUUAGAAACCAAACACUUGUUUUGGAACCUCCAUGUAGUUUAUUUGAGAAGUGACCUUUGAUUAAACCCAUAUACAGGUCGUGAACCCACACCGACCUGUCUGCUUUUGGUUGACUAGGUUUCCGCAAACUCCAGGAUUUUUCAUCAAUUCUUUGAAAAGCAGGCUGAGAGAGGAGUUGUUUAUUUGGUCAAAUAAAAAAUACACUGAUUGUUUAAGAACCAUGAUAGCAUAUUCACAAAAUCCAGUUAAGUACUUUUUUUUUUUUAACUAAG